AUGGCACCGAGAAAAAAAGCAGCUUCAAAAAAACAACCAAAAUUAGAAAGUGAUGUAGAAAAAGAAGAAAUUGUAGAGGAAAAAAAAAGUAAAAGAAAUUCAAAGAAAUCAAAAAAGAUAGAAGAGGUUGAAGAAGAAGAAGAAGUUGCAAUUGAAGAGGUUGAAAAUAAUAAUGAUGGUGAAGAUAAUAAUGAAGAAGAGGGUGAAGAGGAGGACAAUAGUGGUGGUGAAAAGAAAAAGCAUAAGAGACAUAAACACCGUCGUCAUAAACAUCGUCGUUCACAUAGUCGUAGUGAAGAUAAUGAUGAGGAGAAUAAUGAGGGUGAAGAUGCCGAAAACGAUGAACAAGAUGAUGGAUCUGAAGAAAAGAAGAAAAAGAAACACAGAAAACAUAGAUCAAAGAGACACCGAUCAAAGAAAAAUGAUGAUGAAGAAGGAGAAACUGCAGAUGAUAACAACAAUGGUGACGAUACAGAUAAUAUAGAUGAAAAAAAGACAGAUGAUGACGAGGAGGAAGAAGAAAGAAGAUUAAGAAAAGAAAAAAGAAGAGCUAAAAAGAGAAAUAGUGAAGGUGGUGAUACUGAAAGAAAAGAAAAACAUAAAAAGAGAAGGUCAAAGAAACGUGAUGAGCAAGAGGAGGAUGAGGAACCAGUUGAAGAGGAGGAGGCAAAACAAGUUCCAGAGGAAAAUGAAGAACAGAUUAUAGAAGAAAAAGUGGAACAGCAAGAAGAAGAAAAAGAACCAUUUGAAAGACAAGAGAUUCAUCAAGAGCAGGAAAUUAAUAAAUUCGACGUUGGUGAAGAAGAUAGAGAAAGAUAUGAUGAUAGAGAUAGACGUCGUGAUAGAGAUAGAUCACGAGAUAGGGAAUACAGAGAUAGAGACCGUGACAGAGAAUAUAGGGAUAGAUCACGUGACAGAUAUAGAUCCGACAGAGAUUAUAGAUAUGAAGAUGACAGGGAUAGACGUCGUGAUAGAGAUAGAUCACGAGAUAAAGAAAGAGAAUAUUAUAGUGGUAGAGAUAAUUAUAGAGACUAUAGAGAUAGAGAAAGAUCCCGUUCAAGAGAUAGGGAAAGAGACCGUGAUAGAGAAAGAAGGAAUGGCAGAGAAGGAGACGAUAGACCUAAGCAACAAGUUCAACAAAAACCACACGUUUAUCAACCACCAAAAGAAAACUUUUUUUCAUCUUAUAAACCUAUUCAACCAAAUAUUAUACCAUCAAAUACAAAUAAAAGUAAAUUUGGCGAAAGAAUUUUAAGUAUAGCACCACAAGAGCCACCUCCAAAUUUUCAAAUCCCAAUUCCCAGAUUAUAUAGAGAUAGUGAUAAUUUAAAUAAUUCAACAACUACAACAACUUCAACUAUUUCAUAUGAUCAUCAUACAUCUUAUAAUAGUAAUAAUACAAACAGUAAUAAUAAUAAUAAUAAUAAUAAUAAUAAUAAUAAUAAUAAUAAUAAUAGUAAUAGUUAUAGCUAUAGUAAUAAUAAUAAUAGUAAUAAUAAUAAUAUGAAUAGUAAUAAUAAUAAUAAUAAAAUAAAUGAUUUAGGUUCAAAACCCAAUUAUUUAGCUAAUUUCAGUGAUGUAUUCCAACAAAUUCAAAAACCAUUCGAUAAUCAAGAUAAUAAAGAAGCCAAUAUACCAACCAAAACUAAAGAUUUAUCUCAACAUAAAAAACCAUCAUCAAAUAAGAAAUAUAAUGAAAAAGAAUUUAAGGUUCAAAUUUCAAAGAUUGUUAUUGAAAAGCUUACAAAAUAUUAUAAAAAGAAAAUUACAUCAAAAGAGGAUUUCCAAUAUCUUGCAAAGAAAUUUACAUCCUUUGUAAUUGAAAAGGAACAUGGCAAUUUAACAAUUACUAAAGAUUCACCAAAGAAAAUUGAAAAGGUAAUUGGCCAAUACUUUGAAAAGAAAGAUGUGUAUGAUAGAAAAAAAGAUAAAGAUUAUAAAAAAUCAACUCAAGAUGACCCAAGCAAAGCAAAUCAGCAAAACGAAGGUUUCGAGUUUGAUAUAAAUGGAACAGAUAAUAUAGCAUCAACUGCAAAUUUAGAUGAAAAAAUAACUGUUGAAGCCUCAUCAUUAAAUGAAUCAAAAGUAGAUUUAAAUGAUAUUGGUUUAGUUUCAACAACAGCUUCAGAAAUAUCAACAACAACAACAGUUACUACCACAACACAAUCAAAUUAA